UCAUUGAUUCUCAUUUGAUGAUGUUGACAAUUAAUCUCAACAUUUAAACAACUUUUUUCCUUUCUGUUAAUUGUUUUAUUGUUCUUUAUGUUUCCCUUAAAUUAGUUGAUUGAGUAUGGAUUCCAGUGGAAUAACAUUGAGAAGCUCUUUGGUUAAUCCGUUGAUUAGAAAAUGGAUGUGCCAAGGAUCAGUUGAUUUUAAUCCUUCUAAUUUUAUUCUUCCUCUUUUCAUAAUUAACAAUGAUGAUCAAAUUGAGGAAAUUGCUUCCAUGCCAGAGGUUAAUCGGUAUGGGGUUAAUCGAGCAAUUGAAUAUUUAACUGGUCUGGUUGAUAAAGGACUUACUUCAAUACUGUUGUUUCCUGUUGUCUCUUGUAAAUCUGUUGAUAAUUCAAUUGAUCCAAAUGUUAAUCCGGUUCUUCGUUUAAUUCCUUUGAUUAGGGAAAAUUUUCCAAAUCUUUAUGUUAUUGUUGAUGUUUGUCUUUGUGGUUUCUCUCUUGAUGGACAUUGUUAUCAAACUAGUGAUCAAACUACUGGAAUUAAAGAUAAUCAAUUAACUCUAAAGGCUUUAGCUGAUUUAUCUAUCGCCUAUGCGAAGGUUGGUUGUCACAUGGUCGCUCCAAGUGAUAUGAAUGAUAAUCGGAUUGGAGUAAUUAGAUCAGCACUUAAUUCAUCUUCUUUUCCCGAUGUGAGUAUCAUGUCUUAUUCUGCUAAAUUUGCUUCCAAUUUCUAUGGGCCAUUUAGAGAUGCAGCCGGAAGUGCACCUAAACAUGGAGAUCGUAAACAGUAUCAAUUAACAUGCGGAUCUUCUGGAUUAGCAAUGAGAGCAAUUGAGAGAGACAUUAACGAGGGAGCAGAUAUAAUUAUGGUUAAACCAGGGUUACCUUAUUUAGAUAUUAUCUCAGAGGCUAAGAGGCGAUUUCCUGAUGUUCCAAGGGCAGUUUAUCAUGUUUCAGGGGAAUAUUCAAUGUUGUAUCAGGCUGGAGUUUCGGGUUGUCUUGAUUUGGAUCGAUCGCUUUGGGAAAUUCUGAUCAGCUUCAAAAGAGCCGGAGCGGAGAUGAUAAUUACUUAUUUUACACCCAAAAUUCUUGAUAUGAUUAAUAAUAAUAUUCCAAUGUAAUUGUAAGAGAAAAGGACACAAUUUGUAUACUUAAAUCUAUUUCAUGGGCUAAGAAUUUUAAACAAAAAAUUAGUAAUAAAAAUGUAAUUAUGAGCAAUUGAA